GCUAUCACUGAGAGCUGCAGUCGGUGCUCGAUUGGCUUGGUCUGGAUGAACCAUGGCAGACCCGGAGGAUCAUGUUGCAAUUCCUGAGUUCAACUGCCUUCUCCAAAUGGAUCCCUACCUCAAAACCUACGAGAAGGACUUCAAGAGGAGGUAUGAGCUGCUACAGAAGCGGCUUUUCGAGCUCGAGGAGGCAGAAGGAGGCUUUGACCAGUUCACACGCAGCUACCACAACUUCGGUUUGCAGCGACGGCCUGACAACAGCCUCUUCUUUCAGGAGUGGGCUCCAGAUGCAGAGGCCCUCUUCCUCACCGGUGACUUCAAUGGCUGGGACAAAUUCUCACACCCCUACACCAGGAAAGAAUUUGGCAAAUGGGAACUGGUUCUGCCGCCAAAGCCUGACAAGUCUCCAGCUGUGGAUCAUAACACCAAACUCAAGGUGGUGGUUCACACCAAGGCAGGGGAGCGGCUGUACCGGAUCUCACCCUGGGCAAAAUAUGUGACCAGAGAGGAGAAAGCUGUCAUCUAUGACUGGGUUCACUGGGACCCACCUCAGCCAUACACUCACAUCCACCCUCGGCCGACAAAGCCCAAGAGCCUGCGGAUAUAUGAGGCACAUGUGGGCAUCGCUUCACCUGAGGCAACGAUCGCCUCGUACACCAACUUCACAAACAACGUACUGCCUCGAAUUAAAGACCUCGGUUAUAACUGUAUCCAGCUGAUGGCUAUCAUGGAGCACGCCUACUAUGCAAGCUUUGGAUAUCAGAUUACUAGUUUCUUUGCUGCUUCAAGUCGGUAUGGUACCCCUGAUGAGCUGAAGAAGCUGAUAGACGUGGCUCACUCCAUGGGCAUCAUAGUGCUGCUGGACGUCGUUCACAGCCACGCCUCCAAAAACACGGAGGACGGCCUGAAUAACUUUGAUGGCUCCAACUCAUGUUUCUUCCACGCUCCACCCAGAGGGGAUCACAGCCUGUGGGACAGCCGCCUCUUCAACUACUCCAGCUGGGAAGUGUUGCGGUUCCUUCUGUCAAACCUGCGCUGGUGGAUGGAGGAGUACCGCUUUGACGGCUUCAGAUUUGAUGGCAUUACCUCCAUGCUGUACCAUCACCAUGGUAUCGGCACGGGCUUCUCAGGGGACUACAGUGAGUACUUUGGCCUCCAGGUGGAUGAAGACUCUUUGGUUUACCUGAUGCUUGCCAAUCACAUCCUUCAUACCCUUUAUCCUGGCUGCAUCACUGUUGCAGAGGAUGUGUCAGGGAUGCCAGCUAUGUGCAGAGGAGUCCAGGAGGGAGGCCUCGGCUUUGAUUACAGACUUGCCAUGGCCAUUCCUGACAAAUGGAUUCAGAUCCUGAAGGAGUUAAAGGAUGAGGAGUGGGACAUGGGCAAUAUCGUCCACACGCUGACCAACAGGCGCUAUGGAGAGAAUUGCAUAGCCUACGCAGAGAGUCACGAUCAGGCUCUGGUCGGAGAUAAGACUCUGGCAUUCUGGUUGAUGGACAAGGAGAUGUACACCAACAUGAGCUCCUUGAUUGCCAUGACGCCCAUCAUCGACCGUGGCAUUCAGCUGCACAAGAUGAUCCGCCUGAUCACGCACGGAUUGGGUGGAGAAGGCUACCUCAACUUCAUAGGGAACGAGUUUGGCCAUCCUGAGUGGCUGGAUUUCCCGAGGGAGGGGAACAAUCAGAGUUACCACUAUGCCCGGCGGCAGUUUAACCUGGUGGAUAUGGAUCACCUCCGCUACUGUCAGCUGUAUGCCUUUGACCGGGACAUGAACCGCACAGAAGACAAGUAUGGCUGGCUGGCUGCUCCACCUGCCUUUGUCAGCGCCAAGCAUGAAGGGGACAAGGUCAUUGUGUUUGACAGAGCAAAUGUGCUCUUUAUCUUCAACUUCCACCCCAGUAAGAGCUUCCAGGACUACAGGGUGGCUGUCGAAGCUCCAGGAAAAUAUAAAAUCAAGCUGGAUUCAGACAUGGUUCAGUAUGGAGGACACGGACGGCUCAACCACGGCACCGAGUUCUUCACAGAGCCACAUCCCUUUAACGGACGCCAGCACUCUAUGAAGGUCUACAUCCCCUGCAGAACUGCUAUUGUCCUGGCCAACGAGGAGAUAGAUUACUGUUAUUAGAGGAUGAUUGUCUCCACAGAGACCAGGAUCGAGAAUGGAUUCCAAGCCCAAACUGAGUGUUAACAAUCACCUUCAUCUCAAAGUGUCAACCUUGCACACAACCCACACCCACUUUCUGUGUUGAGUCUUUUUCUAAAUGGGAUAAAAAAGAGAAAAAAAAAAAAAACAUUUGUGUGCUUUCAAACACCAUCUGCAACCUUAGAUGCCGUGUAACCCCAUUUAUUACAGAUUGCUCCAUUUGGGAAGCGUCCAACCUAACCAGCAGCUCGAUGCUAAAAGUUUAAACCCUGCCGAGUCCGUCCACCAGCAGCCAGCAGACGUUUACGGGGCUCUGUGAAUUUGGCGUGACAUCCCACACACAUGACCAGUGAAUGCAAUACUGCAUGAUUCAAACAUUUCAAAAGUUCAAGAAUAUUAAGAAUGUUACAUUUUAUCGGUUUGUUAAUUUUGUAUUUAAACAUAAAUAAUGCAGCGAUGUCGACAGAGAUUUACAGUGUUACCAGCACAUGAAAUUACUAAAGUCAAGGUGUUUAAUCACUGUGAUCCAUCUUUGUUAAUUUGCCUUGUGGGACAGUGUACGUAUAAAAAUAAUGUAAUUUGCACAAAGUAAUGAGCUGCAUUGAAUUAUUACACUUUUAAUGGGUAUCUGAAACAUUUGUGUUGUAAUGUUUGAAUUUAUGCUGCUACUGGGAGCAUUUGCGUGGUUAUUUAUGGCUCUGUUAUUAAGCCAGCAAUUUGCAGCCGAAGCAAAGUGAUAAAAUCACUUAAUUUGGAUUGUUCACAGCAUGUUGUAUAAUGCACCAGGAACACUUUUAGCUGAAUUACAAGGGUUUUUUUUCCACUUUGUGAAAACUAAUGCAUAGUUUAUCUAACAGUAGAUCAUAUUUAUGUUGUGACUUUCACUAAAAUCUGCUAAAUUCCACUGAAAUAAGUUGACACUGAAGAUCUACACAUCAGAGAAGAAGACAAUUUAUAUGUACAGCAAGGCUCAUAAAGCUGGCUAGAAUGAGAAGGUUCAUGUGUACUGUAUUCAUUAGCAUUCCCCUGAGAUUAUUCCCUGAAAACACAGAAACAGUCUGAACUGACAGCUGCCUUUUCCUAUUUGCUUCAACCUUUGUUAUUUUAUCACAAGAUGCUUUUUGACCAAAGGAACUUUAAAUCCUAGGAACUUCUCUUCAAUGAACUAAAUGGUUCCUGUGCUAAGCUGUUUGUCUACAUUUCUGCCAUGGUUCAAGGUCCCAGAGAAAUCAGGCAUCCUGAUACGAGGUUUCAGUAAAUCAGUAAUAUUACACAUUUUCAGAUCUUUAACUAAUGAAGAUUUCAAUGGCAACAAUCUAAUAUUUAAUAGAGAAAAAUGUAAUAGUCUGGGUUUUUUUAUUUUGAUUUGAUUUUAAUAGGGCUUUCAGGAUUAAUCAGGUUAAUUUGCAAUGAACCAAAGUCCACAAUUAGUGCAUAAUUUUUUUUUAAUCACAUGCUUGAUUGUCCCUUUCAACACACUUUGGUCAAGGCACAUCAUCAUGCAGUGUCUCCCUGCAGCCACAGUGAUGUAAAAUAAGUCCA